CCUCUGUGUGUGUCAGUCCAUGACAAUCUGCUUUGAUGGGAGUUUGGGACCGGUCGUACCUGUUUGGCCACUGAGUCACAGGCACAAGGCGGAGUUACGUCAGCCAGGUGCAGGAGCGACUCUUCUUACAGGAAGUCUCCCAGCUGCAGUUUGUCACCUGGCUUCAAGUCACAGGAGGUUUGUAGUUCACAGUGGGACUCGGCCGAGUUGUAAACAAAGGAGCCAAUUUGGGAGGGCCGACAUGUUUAUCAGCGGGCUGGUUUCGGUGGUGUUGUUCCUGUACGCAGCGACAGGUGUUUGUGGUUUUACAGUCACAACAGCCAAUAACAAUGUGAGGGUGAAAGAGAAUGAAGGGGCUGACCUCACGUGCUCCUACUCAGCUGACUUUGGUUCAGACGCCAGAGUUGAGUGGAAGUUUAAUGACCCGAAAGGCUCACAGGUAUAUGUGUUUUAUGACAAGAAACCCACAGCAUCAUAUGCUUCACGAUUAACGAUGUUCGGCGAUAAUUUGAGAUUCAGCAAAGUGACCCGCAAGGAUAAUGGGGAGUAUGACUGUGAAGUGUCUGGCAACGGCAAGUUUGGGGAGGCAAAAGUCAGACUCACUGUUCUGGUGCCUCCGUCUCCACCUGUUUGUAGAAUCCCCACAUCGGUGACAACAGGCAAGGGCGCGGUCCUGUCCUGCCACGACGGCGACGGCUCCCCUCCUCCAACCUACAAGUGGUUCAAAGAUGGCACCCUUCUCCCAGAUAAUCCCAGCCAGUUCCCUGCUUUCAGAAACGCCACGUACAAGCUAAACCCAGCUAACGGCAAUCUGAACUUUCCCAUUGCGUCCAAGGCGGACUCAGGUGUGUAUUACUGUCAGGCCUCCAACGAAGCUGGUCCCCCUCAGCAAUGCAAAGCUGUGAGAAUGCAAGUCCGUGACUUGAACACUGGUGGUAUUGUUGCUGGGGUGAUUGUGGCUAUCCUGCUAGUGGUCUUACUGGGAUUUGGCCUUUGGUAUGCCCACAAGAAAGGAUACCUGCCCAAAGCGAGUGAAAGCAAACCAAAGCCCUCUGUGGCCUACCAGCCUCCAUCCUUGUACGGUGGUGAUGAUGAAGAUGGGGAGUUCAGACAGAAGUCGUCUUUCGUGGUAUAACCUGCACAGGUGCACCGAGGAGUCCCUUACAACGGAGAACAUUCCCUUCAUUGUUGCCUGCAACAUUGGACUUUGUUUUGUUUUUGUCUUGUUGUUUUAACUCUUUUCAGCAUGAUGUUUUAUUGACUUUCUAACACGCUUUGUUGGACAGGUUUUGUCAGACUUGUAUGAUCGUUUGGGUCGGCCUGUCUUCACUCUACUCCAUCAGUGCCUCAGCAUCACAGUCUCAGAUGCACCUUCUAGUGGGGUUCAAGUUUCAAGGUUAUGUGGAAUAAUCACUAAAAGACAGAUUAGAAAAACAUUAAGAGCAUUGACUCCGAUGUCUUUUGUACGUUGAUAGAUUUGUUGAUAGAACAAGCUGUGAUAAGUGGCUACUAGUCUUUGAUUUUAUCUUGAGAAAUUCUGCCGCGUAUGUUUGGUUGAUCUGGUGUGUGUGUGUGUGUGUGUGUGUGUGUGUGUGUGUGUACACUUGAACCUUUGAGUUUACAUGUCUGCCAGUCGUAGGACUAUUUCACUUUCAGUUGGAAAGAUAAGCCUGGGUGGAAAAACCUCAGUGGACUACAGUAACUCCACUGGCUCCAGCUGAGUUUUAUUUUUUCUUUCCAUUAACUGAAAGUACCAAAUGAAAUCUCUUGAUCUCUUAUCUCUUUAUAAACUUAAUAUCCGGUCAACAGAGACUCUUUGAUAUCCCUGGUCUCAGUGUUUUCAUCAUUUGAUCAUACAAGAUUUUUACUGAUAAUGACUCAGUGCCUUCUGUCAUUGUACUUAGAUGAAUAGAAAAAAACAUAUUGACAUUUUUGUUAGGUUUAAGUGUCGUGCAACUGAUAACUCUAUACAUAGAUGAUUUGUAAAGUGUCUGAGUGUCUCUUUAUUUUUCUCAUUUAGCUAGUCUUAAGUUGGACUACAGUGCUUUAUCAACAGUGCUCAGUCAUCUUAUUGAAAUGUACGGUGUGUUUUCUAUGCAAAGUUUUCAUUUGUUGUAAAUAAUGAUAUAAUUCACACAACUGUAAUUUAAAAAGAAAAUAAAAACAAAAAGCAACCCUAAAACCAAAAGCAGCUGCAUUCAGGACAUCUGAUUGGCCAACUGGACAUUGUAGAGAAGCUUUAUAUGAAAAUGAAAGGCUUGUAUCAGACCUAAAAGGCUCAUCUAGGUUGACUAGCCUCUCUUCAGAUGUAUUGAUUUCUGGUUGUGUUAAUGUUACACUUGUAUAGUGUGUGUUUAUAUGUAUGUGUGUGUUGGUUUGGGCUCAGGCAAGUUUAAUGAGUGGUGAGAGAACAUGGUGCAAACCUCUCAACUGAAUACCGGAGUCUAAUGAAUUUCUACUUUUUUAGAUUAAAUAUUAGACAGUGAUCACUACAAGCUGAUCCACGAAGAGAAUAGCAUUGAUGGAAGUUUAAAGGUUCAAGAUCAAGGUGUUAACAUUAUUGUUUUGUUUUUUUUUCUCCUUGUAUGCGAAGAAUGUGUGGACCUGCAGUAAAUAAACAAACCAUUCCUAAUGUCAUUUUAAAAGCAGGCUACAGUAAAAUGCAUUAAGUGCAGGUAAGCUUAACUGCAUUAAAAGUGCAAAAAAAAAAAAAAAAAAAAAAAAAACUGGUAGCAGUUGUGUUUUAAAGAAUAAAAAA